AUGUACAGUCCGCUCGUCGACAGCAGGAAUCGACACAACGGAAAUCAGGAUCCAUCAGACCAGCUCCAAAUCUACGACGCCGGCGUCCAGAAGACAGCCUUCAUCCAGACGUUCAAGCCUGCUACCGUCGUCCUAUUCAUCUUCUACUGCUCAGUCCUAGCCCCGCAUUUCUACUAUGCGCCCGACGAGCCUUACCCUGCCCUCAAAGCUCUAGGCGUUGUCGUCGGCGGCCUUUUCCCUAUGGUCGUCGUGGGGUAUGGAACCGCCCCUUUCGUCAACUCCAUCCUUCUCCGGUUGCCACAGACCGCCCGCAGGUCUCGCGACGCCAUGCUCCGCUAUGUCCAAAAGCUGCCAAAGGAUGCCGAACUCGAGUUUGUGACCGCCCGCCUUCUCGGCUUCAAGAAGACCAACGUUGUUCGACUAUCCGAGAUGCAUGUCUUGCCACCUCGCCGUUUUGGUUUCGCAAACCUCGAACACGUCGUGCCAGCGUGGCAGAGGAAGAUAUUGGCGGAAAGACCGCUGUGGAAGAAAGCGGUGUCGCUACUUGGAGAGACGAGGAACAAAUUCUACGUCAAGGGCGACAAAGCGGCGAGCAAGAGGAGUCGGGCCCCGGGCGUGUGGGAGAUGGUAUUCAAGCAGAUCCAGCAGAAUGGCCGCGGAAAGUGA